AUGAGAUUCAUCAAUCUUUCGGUCGCCCUUGCGGGUGCCUCAUCGGUACUCGCUGCCAAGUCGCACGGCCACCGUCACAAUGGUCUGGAGCAGUUGCGACAACAUCUACCCAUCCAGUCUUCGACUCUUGAGAAGCGAGGAGGACAGUGUCAGUUCCCUACCGAUGAUCCCAACAUGGUCGCUGUCACUCCGGAUGCGAAGAACGCCGGUUGGGCUAUGAGCCCCGACCAGCCUUGCAAGCCUGGAAACUACUGUCCUUUUGCCUGCAAGCCCGGUAUGGUUAUGAACCAGUGGGAUCCGGAUUCGACCUACGAAUAUCCCGCCUCUAUGAACGGAGGUUUGUACUGUAACAAGAACGGUGAAAUUGAGCAGCCUUUUGAGGGCAAGCCCAACUGUGUCUCGGGCACUGGGUCUGUCGAGGCUGUUAACAAAUGUGGUUCUCAGAUGUCUUGGUGCCAGACUGUCCUGCCUGGUAACGAGGCUAUGCUUAUCCCUACUGUCGUUUCUUCCAGUGCAACUCUGGCUGUUCCCGGAUCUUCCUACUGGUGCUCCACCGCUGCUCACUUCUACAUCAACCCCCCUGGUACUGGUGAGGAGGGCUGCGUCUGGGGUGACGAGAGCGUGCCCGUUGGUAACUGGAGCCCGUAUGUUGCUGGUGCCAACAGUGAAUCCAACGGUCAGACCUUUGUUAAGAUCGGCUGGAACCCUAUUUGGGAGGACUCUGCUUUGAAGAGCACGCUGCCUGAGUUUGGUGUCGAGAUCAAGUGCCCUGACGGUGGCUGCACUGGUCUUCCCUGCAAGAUUGAUCCCGCUAAUGGCCGAGGCAACGUUGGCAGCAGCCUUUCUGCUAAGGGUGCUGGCGGCGCAGCUUUCUGUGUUGUUACCGUGCAGAAGGGUAGCACUGCUCAAAUCAUUGCCUUUUCUUCCGAUGGAAGCUCAGGAUCUGGCGAUGACGAUGAUGACUCCGAGGACUCUGAAUCUACCACCGCAGAGGCUGAGCCCACCACCACAUCUGUUGCUAAGGUCACCACUUCUGAGGAACCGAAGGUCACCACGACCGAGGAGCCCUCCACCACCGCUGAGCCUACUACUUCUGAAGUCGAGACCACCACAUCUGCCAAGUCUACUACUAGUACUACUACUACCACCACUACCGCUGCUGAGACUACGACAACUGCUGCUGAGACUAGCACCACCGAGCAGCAGACCUCAACCACUGAGACCUCUACUGAGGAGCCUACCUCUACUGCUUUCACCUCUGUUUCCUCCUCUACUAAGACCAAGACUAAGACCAAGACCAAGGCGCACAAGACUACCACUAGAAAGAUCUACCCUACUGUCAAGCCUGGUAUCUUCCGUGAGAACGGAACUUCCACCCGCACAAGCUCCGAAACUGAGGAGACUGCUGUUGUCACGGAGGUUGGUUCAGGACCCGCCCCUACUGAGUCCAAGGAUAGCGAAGCUGGCCGCCACCAGGGUAACGCUGCUAUUGCUGGCCUCGUCGUCGCAUUCAUCGCCACUGCUUGUUUCUUCUAA